CUCCCUUCCCAGCCUCCCUUAGCCUCCCCUCUAAAGGAAAGUGGUCCGAUGACAGUUUUUGAGCCUGUUGUGAUAGAAGUCAUCUGUAAUUUGGAAUAAAAACAACAGUAAUUACAGUUUAGCGCUUUCGUUUUUGGAAAGAAAGAAAUUUUUCAAUUCAUUUGGAAUUUGCGCGGAUAUUUUGUGAAAAUGUUGCGAAGAAUUACUCCGUAAUGGCAGGAAUUUUUUCCAUUAGUGAGGACGACUUUCAUAGCCAUUACUGGCCCAAACUGGAGUCCGCUAUCAACUUAAUUUUGCAGCAAAACCCAGGAGAAUUCAUCCCAAUAUCAUAUGAAGAAACGUAUAGUGCUGUUUACAAAUGCGUGUGCCAGCAACAUUCAGAAAGAUUGUAUGGAAAUUUGAUGAUAUUAAUCAGUAAUAUACUCGCCAGAAUCAGGGAGGAACUAGAGAGCCAACCCAUAGACAUGUACUUGAACAGAUUUGCAUAUAUAAUGUCACAAUAUUUGCAAAGCGUUGAAGGAAUUGCAGCCAUAUUCAAUUACAUGAAUCGAUUUUAUGUGAAGCCAAAGAAAAACAGUGAACUCAAGGCUGAGUUAUUAACAUUAUUUUCAGCAUCAAUUGCUGAUAAUGAGAAACUUUUUGAUAUUCUCAAUCACAGUGCAGCUCAACCAUUUUCAUCUGAUCCAAAAAUCUUAAUGUCAAUUGUCCAAGGGCUUUACAUGCUUAAACCUGAAUUUGCAGAAAAGAACCGAGAUUUAUUCUCCCGGUUUAUACCAAAUCUUGUUGGUCAUGCAAGCUCCUUGGAUCAGGAGAUACAGGAAACAAAAGCAUUGCAAGAAACCCUACGAAAUAAGGAAGAAUUUUUAAGAGAUUUUAGAGAAGAAUCUGGACUUAAACGAAGCAUUGAUGUUGCAGAAAUAUCAAUGGAUGGUCCCGUGAAGAAAUAUGAGCCAAUGACAUAAACAUUACAAGUGCAGUGAUUUUCUUAUUUACUAGUGUAAUGGAUAUGCCAACUGACAGAUUCAGUGGUUUGAUGUGUAAAUAGACAAGUGCUAAUAUUGGAUUAAGAAUCCUCGAUAUGUCCGUCUGUAUAAAUGUAUACUUCUAUUUAAAAUCAGCUCCUUAUUCUGCAUAAGCAGAGUAUAUAACAUAGCGUGGACAUAUGAAAAUAUGAAUUGGAAAUACAUAAGAUUUAAAUAUUUCUUGGACGAUAGCAUAGUAAUAUUAAAACUUAAGCACCAUAAGUGUUGUAAUGGUGAUAAUAUAACUUCAAGUCUGGUUCUCAUUAAUAGUAAUCACAGUCGGCCAUCAGGCCAUCAUGUAUAACAAUGUUGGUGGUGUGUGAUAAAGAAAUUAUAUUCAAAAUAA